CGGUGCCCUCCAUGGACUGAGAUGGCCUCGGAGCUGGCCAUGAGCGCGGAGCUGCCCACGAGCCCCCUGGCCAUCGAGUACGUGAACGACUUCGACCUGAUGAAGUUCGAGGUGAAGAAGGAGCCGGCGGAGGCGGAGCGGCUGUGCCACCGCCUGCCCGCCGGCUCCCUGUCGUCCACCCCGCUCAGCACGCCCUGCUCCUCCGUGCCUUCCUCGCCCAGCUUCUGCGCCCCCAGCCCCGGCGGGCAACCGGCCCCCGGCCCCCCGGCCGCCGCCGCCGCCGCUUCGCUGGGCUCCAAACAGCAGCUGGAGGAGCUGUACUGGAUGUCGGGUUACCAGCACCACCUGAACCCCGAAGCGCUCAACCUGACGCCGGAGGACGCGGUGGAGGCGCUGAUCGGCGCCCCGCACCACCACCACCAUCACCACCAGGGCUACGAGCCCUUCCGGCCUCAGCCCUUCGCGGGCGAGGAGAUGCCGCCGGCCGCCCACCACCACCCCGGCCACCACCACCACCACCACCACCACCUCCGCCUGGAGGAUCGCUUCUCCGACGACCAGCUGGUGAGUAUGUCGGUGCGGGAGCUCAACCGGCAGCUGCGGGGCUUCAGCAAGGAGGAGGUGAUCCGCCUCAAGCAGAAGAGGAGGACCUUGAAGAACCGCGGCUACGCUCAGUCCUGCCGCUACAAGCGGGUCCAGCAGCGGCACAUCCUGGAGAACGAGAAAUGCCAACUGCAGAGCCAGGUGGAGCAGCUCAAGCAGGAGGUGACCCGCCUGGCCAAGGAGAGGGAUCUGUACAAAGAGAAAUACGAGAAGUUGGCCGGCCGGGGCUUCCCGAGGGAACCGUCCCCAUCCUCCGCCGCCCCCCCCAAAGCCGCCGCUGACUUCUUCAUGUGAGCCCGGUGGGCUGGUGGGAUGCGGUGGGAUGGGGGGUGGGAUCGCUCCCCCUCCCCCCCCCUUUUUUUUUUUUGUUGUUGUUGUCGGUUUGUCGUCGCUGUUGUUCCUCAUGCGGGGAGAGCAAAAAAAACCCCGCCGCUUGUCUUUUAAACAAAAUUAUUAUUAAUAAUAAUGAUAAUAAUAAUAAUAAUACGAGGACGUCCCCCCCUCCCGGGGAAAUUUUGGGGAGGGGAAGUCGAACUCGCCCCCCCCCCCGCACCCACCCGCCCGUGGGGACUCGGGGUGGGGGGUCCCGGGGUGGGUGAGUGGGGGGCGGACCUGGAGCCAGCCUUGCAUGCGGGACGUGUACGGCCACCCCCCCCCCCCUUUUCCCGGGAUCAUCAGCGCCUUCCAGGUGGAUUCUCCUUCUCCUUCUCCCCCCCCCCCAAUCCCACACACCUUCUCCUGCGUGUUUUACCCUCAAUUUGAUUUUUAUUCUUCCAGGGGUCCCCACGGAUCGGGCCGGGGGGGGAUCCCCGGCAGCGCUGCGCCCUGUCCGGCCCCUCCGCGCCCCCCCCUUUCCCUCCCUAAUUCCCGGCCGGCGAAACUGAGCCACGUUUAACUUAUUCACCCUUGUAAAUAUGUAGAAUAUUAGUUAGUUU